GUCUCUCGCAUUCAUCAGCCUACCUACACUCGUUUAUAUCCACCUCACCAACACCCACACUCGCUAUCGCUAUGCCUGGACCGUUCUCCAGUACCAGACUGUCUUUGGUCGAGUGCCUUGCCCAGCCGGCGGACUACAGCCAUAUCGCGCACAUCAUCGCCGAAGCUCGACGCCGACUUGCCACUACGAACAAUCGCCUUCCUACAGAUCCAGCCAGUGCCACCGUUGCCGUCGGCAACACCUACUUCGAGGCCGCGGUUCAGACUCUAGCCUUCUACGAUGGUGCAAACGCCCACGACAAGGCGAUUUUCGACAAACGGCACCAAGUGGUACUGUGUGCAAGAUACUUCAUCUUCGUCGCACGAACGGACGGCGUCAAGGUCGCCAAGCGCAAGAUUUGCGAGUUCUUCACCAUCAAGAAUCAUCGCUACCUAUGGCGCUUUAUCGCGCGGGAGUUGGGCCCCGUACAUGGCGAGAACAUAGCGAACGACCUGGAGCAUGCAUUCCUGACAGAAGACUGGGCAAAAAUCGCCAAGCAUCUCGCUUCCAUGGCGGCUUACAGUUCUCUGGAGGCCGACGAACAAGGGCGUCGAUCCAUCCAGGGCCAAUGGUCGUCCAUUGUCAAGCAGCCGUCAGAAAGGGCACAGAGGGCAGAUGCUCGCGUAGCCGAGCCCGGCACGGUCCCUGACAGUGACGACAGCCCCCAGGGCGACUUCGUCGAUGAAGACGAGGACGAUUCCGAUGACGAGGCUGACGACUUGGCCAGGGAAGCUGAGGCCGCGGAGGAGUACGACUCAAUUCGGACCCAUGUCUUCCACUCUGAUCUUCGUGAUCGUGCGGACGAAUGUCGUCGAGGUCCGAUGUCGGCGUCGCUAGCAGCAUGCAACGCAGCAUUCAAGAAGACGUUGGAACCAGCCGAGAAGGACCUCGAGAGGACUUUGGCGACAUUUUGCGCCAAGCUGAACAAGCUGGCCGAGCAGUUCCGUGGGCAUGGCAUCAAGAUCGCUGCACAGAAGGAUAUCCCCAUCCCACCGCUCGCGACGUGGCCGUACAGCUACGAAGCGUUGGAAGCCGCUCUUGACCUUCAACGCUGCGCAACCGCUCCUCGAACCACCGCUGCCACGGCCUCCUCCGCACCGCAGUAUCGAACGUCUACGUACCCUGACGCGCCAUCCGUUGGCGGGUCACGCGCCUCCGGUCAACCGUCUGUAACUGUGUCGACUCUCACUCGAACAACCACCGUCUCCGAUCAAUCCAACUUCAACAGCCUCUCCAGCCGGGCACGUCACCCGAGUUUACCGUUGUCGUAUGCCUCUGCUGCCGCUCAGUCUGUUCCCAUCGGGACUCGGUCCGCCUCUGGCUCUACAACUGGCGCUCCUUCGUCCGGCACCUUCUGUGACUCUGGAAUUUCGAGAUCGCUGACCAGGACUUCUUCUGACGCUGGUCGCUUCUCUGCUGCUCCUGGCGGCUCUGCCACGACUCGGGUCUCUGGCAACAUGGCAUCAGAUCAGGCCGCAGAAGCCUCAACGAGAAACGACUCUCAGGCGUCGGUUCCUUCGUCUUCGCAUGCUCCGCUCGGUCGGUCAUCGCACAAGCGCGCGCAGCGGGAAGACGAUCUCGAGGAUGAGCGCGUUUCCAAACUGAGGCGGUAUUUUCCCCGCGCCAUCUAGACGCUACGUCGAAGUCUGGUGCGCACCUCGUUUUCUCACGUAACUCCCAUCUCCUGAAUUUGAACUUAGAAACCGAUUCGUUUGGCGGUCUCUGUUUGGUCUUCACGCUCGCGCCCUAUGCAUUCUUCUUGGGCUGUCCUCCUGUAAUUCUCGGUCUCCCGCUGCUGGCUGCUCUGUUACUUCGCCAAGGGAGUUUGCAGUUUGUAAACACUUGGUGAGACUGGACCGAACGCACGUACCUACCUAUAUACCCACUGUCUUUGCCUUUGUGUAACAAGAAGGAUGAUUAUUCGCAACCAAUCGAUGAAGGGU